GGUUCUACAGCUUUGUCCCAACGCUUUAGCUGGUCAAUUGGAUACUACCUGGGCAGGUGAUAAAGCACAGCACAGAUAAAGCAACGUGUCUGUGUCUGUGUGUUGGAAUUAAGAACUGGUUUAAAUCGUAAUGGGCAGUUCCCUUAAGAGAAAACGAUACAUUUUAUGUGCGCUGUCAAAAUCGACUCUGGGGUUGAGACUCGUCAGGGAACACGGAGGGUUUAGGACCCGGAUGAAACGCCUGCCCUGUCAUGAGGCGGAAAUGGAACCUCUCGGAAAAUAUCAGCAACAAGUUAAGCGGAGUCGAAGAGUAGAGCGGCUACUCAGUAUUAAAAUCGACACUGAGUUUUAGUUCAGUGCUCACAAAAUAACAACCGGAAUCACUGACCGAUCGAUGCUUGCUCGGAUCUCUUACUCGGUUCGGCUGCACCGCAAACGCUGAGAUCCUCCCACGCACGAUUGCGGUAGCCUAACUUAAUCGCUGUUUACUUUGGGUUUUCUGGAGAGAGAGAAAACAAUACAAACGUGUGGUCUUUCAUUAUUAGUGUCGAUCGUUUUUGAGUGAUCGCCAAAAUCGACUUUUUAAAAAACAUUUUUUUUUUUUAUUUUUUUUUUUUUUACAAGCGGGUUUUAAAAUGUAGCCGUUUGGGAUAUGUGAUGUUGGACAAAGAAAAAAACACUUUGAUAAACAAGAAAAAUGCUGAGAAAAAAGGAAGUGAUCUCAGAGCGAGUUUAAUUUCCUGUUCUUAGUUAGACAGUCUGCUUUUUAUAUUUCGUUUGGACAUUAUUACUGUACGUAUAGAAUAGAACUAAUACUAGAAUGAAUAUUUAUCCGUGUUCUUUCUCGUCUUGCGAUUGCAACUCGAACGACUAGCGAUGGACUCUUCGGUCACUCUCUGGCAGUUCCUGGUGCAGCUCCUGCUUGACCCCCGCAAGGAGCAUCUGAUCCGCUGGACCUCGGAUGACGGCGAGUUCAAGCUGUUGCAGGCCGAGGAAGUGGCCAGGCUCUGGGGGGUGCGCAAGAACAAGCCCAGCAUGAACUACGACAAGCUGAGCCGAGCACUGCGCUACUACUACGACAAGGAUAUCAUCAAGAAGGUGAAUGGUCAGAAGUUUGUGUACCGCUUUGUGAGGUACCCAGAGAUACUGAGCCAAGAACCAAGUUCAGGGUGCAGGGGGGAGGGCACUGCUGAUGGGGGUGGUGGAGCCCCUGAGACGGGCGAGGCCCCCAGGGAUAAGGAGAACCAGAGCGGGGGGGAGAGGGGAGCAGCGGGCCAGGCCUCCAGCAAAUCCUCCAGCCGAAACGACUACAUCCACUCGGGGCUGUACACCUCCUUCACCCUGAACUCUCUGCACGCCCACACGCAGCUCUUCAAAUCCAUCAAGGUGGAGAAUCCCAAAGAAAAGCUAGCUGCGAAGAAACCGCCGCAGGAGCCCCCCCAGUCUGUCAUCAAGUUUGGUACCGCCCCUUCCUGGAAUAUUCCCGUAGUUACCUUGGAGAUGAUUCCAAAAGCCCUGCCCCCUGUUCCGCAGGCUCCUCCCCCUGCAGUUAGGACAGAAGCACAAGAGCCUCAUGUUAAACGCCGGACAGACAAUAAAUGUGUGAAAGAGGCACCUCCUUCUUCUCCUCCUCCCACUGUGCCAAGCGUAUCCUCCCCCUUCCCCAGCCCCACCCCUGGCUCCUCAAGCUCUCCCUCCCCCAGUCCGGUUCCAGACUCCUCCCAGGAGCUGGUGAUUGACGACACUGAUGUCAAGUCCGUAUCCUCCCAGCCUCCAGAGCUGCAGGUGCAGCCAUCCCAGGACACCCAGGCAUCCCCCUCGGGGAGCAGCAGCAGUGGCAGCAACCACAGCGGCAAAGCCAAGAAGCCCAAGGGUCUGGAGCUGACCCCCACCCUAGUGGUGACCAGCAGUGAACCCAGCCCGCUGAGCCUGGCCAGCCCCUCGCUCCCCACCGCCUCUCUCACCCCUGCCUUCCUGCAGACCCCCACGUUGCUGUUGACUCCAAGCCCUUUGCUCUCCAAUAUCCACUUCUGGAGCACGCUCAGUCCAGUGGCGCCCCUCAGUCCUGCCAGAAGGCAAGGAGCACACACCUUAUUUCAGUUCCCCAGUGUUUUCAACAGCCACCUGCCGUUACCUAUCCCCAAUAUGGAUGGCUCCAACACCCCUGGCCCCCUGUCCCCAGACCCCCAGAGGACAUAGUGGACAAGCCCACGAAUCAAGUCCGCACUCUGUCCCGCCCACAGCUCUAUCCACGGCUGGUCCAGAUUUUAAACAGAAAAAGCCAACUGCGGAUUCACCAAAGGGGUAUGGCCACCAAACAAGGUGACCAAAAAAAAUCCUGCCAAACAAACACUCUUGGUUAUCAGCAUGUCUUACAGAAAGGGUCAAGUCUGUGGAGAUCUUUGAACUAAGCGCUGUUCUGUUUUUAAACAUGUUGACUUGCUUGACCAUCAUUCUGUUAUGCAUGAUCUCCUAACCGCAUCUUAAAAGAGACCUUCAACACAUCAUGAACAUUGCAGUUUGAGUAAGUUCUGUGUAGUUAUACACUAACAUGUAUGUACACUUGUCCAAGACUGUAGGCAUUAUCCAAAGAACCCAGCUUCCAAGGAUGCCAUGCUUUCAGAACCUCUCAGCUCACAAACCUACAAGUGAUCUUUUGUAACUGACAAAUAGGAGACAACUAUUAUGAACUGACUUAAACCCAUACAAGACUUGUACAGUACCAGGAGAAGCUCUGAUCCUUCCAGUCUCUCAGGCCGUUCGUAUAGCUGAGUUCAGCUUGCCCCCCAUCCCCUCCAGGGCUCCAACCAAAGAACCUUGGAGACGCCGCAAUUGGAUCGAGCACAGGGGAGUCUCUGCCCCCUGCAGGAGUAGUUCCUAAGGUUUUUAAAUGAAUCAAAAUCAAUUUUCCUACCCUCAAUGAGCUGCGGCACAUGGAGAAGCAUAGUCUAUGUGGUGUAUCUGGAGUGGCUUUUCAAAGUGAGGAAGCAAUAAGAUGCACAGAGGACAGUGAAACCGGUGCAGACGCUCGUGAAAGUUGGGGAAUUGCGGCUGGUUUCACAAAGCCAUUGUAGGUAGCAGCCUACUAAAUCCACUUAGCUUGCGAACUAGCAGCUUGCUAAGUACUAGCAGUGGCCCUCUGCAUUUUAAAACCUUAGAUUCACCUUUCAGUCCAGAAGGACAUAAGAGAUGGUGAUCCUGCAGAAACUGGUGGGUCUUGAGUUUUGGUCUCCUAGUCCUGGGGUAGGGAUGGAGACGAUAGGAUAUUUGAUUCUCUAUGAACUACUCACGUCAAGUGUGAAGAUCCCAGUUGUUUGCCCAGUGGAGCAUGCUUUUGGUCUUGGGCUGCUGUCUUAAGCACCAGUAGGACAGUCAAUAUAUAGAUUUGAUUGUUGACUUCCCAGUUAUGAAUCUCAAGGAACAACAAAUGCUCUGCAGAUUGUCCAUGGGUUCUGGUGGAGCCAAGCUUAACUUCAUGUCUUAUGUUUUAUAUUUUAUAGGAAAUCCGAUCAUCAUCUGUCUUCAUGAAUACAUUCUUCUUUUUUAUUAUAUAUAUUUUUUUUUUCUAGGCUUUUAGUCAAUUCACAUUGGUGUAGGCAAUGUCAUUUUAAGUAGCACAGACUGCUGAUUUUUUUUUUUGAUUUUUGUUUUUCCUAGUUAACUGGUUUUCCUUUGUGGUAAGAUGUGGUUACAGUGACCACGCUGCAUUUUUUAUUUUCUUGUUUUGUCAUUCCAUUCCUUGCUGCCUCAUUUACAUGUCUUUGGGGCAAAAAUCUGGUUGCUUCACAAAGCCCAAAACUGGAAUCCCUUGUUGCACAUUUGCACUCUCCUGUGCUGCGCUGUGUCAUGUAACACGCAUGAGCAGCAGUUCUGCUCAGGUUGUAAAACCUUCUUUUGACAGGAGUGGGACAGUUAACAGUCCGACUACGCCACCCUUGUUAAAGAGGGUGAAAAAAUGUGUAAUAUUGUACAUUAAAAAUAUAUAUUUUUAGGAUACUUUCAUAAGUUUCAGCUCUGCAGUGCUCAUGGAAACCGGUUCAAGGAAUUUAAAUUUUAACUGCGUCGUUUAUUAAUGUUGCUGUCUUUUUUUACACCUGCAUUUGAUUUGGUUUAACCAGGGCUGGGGUCGAUUCCUGUUUUUCAGUUCCAAUUCUAUUUCAUUAUUCCUUUGUAAAAUCAGUUCCCUUUUAAUCAAUUCCAACACGUUAUUGAUCAAAAUUGCAAUUAGCAGCAUUCUGUUAAAAUGAGCUUCUCACAGUGGCAACGAAUGACUUCAGUCAAAGUCACUGUUGGCCAAUUAAAUUAGCUUCAAAUGCAGGCAUUUGAACAAUCACAUCUCUAAAAUAUCAAUUCCAAUUCCUUCGAUGGAAUUGGAACUGGAACUGGAACUGGAAUUGAUUUUAAAAAGGAAUUGGAAUUGAAUAAGCAAGUAUUGAGCCCAACCCUGGCUGCAGCUUGUUGGCACUUACAUGAUCCCUAAAAACAUACUGCAGGCAUUGCAGUACAGUUUCCUAAAUGUAAUUGCAUUGCUGUUUUCUAAUAUGUGAGUUUUGUUUUGGCUUAUCUGUUUUUGUUCUUCUCUCUGUUUAAAUGGCAAUUUGUAUCUCUUUUUAGACGUGUGUGUGCGUUCUCAAACAUGCAGUGUUGAGUAAAUCUGCACAAGAUUGUGUUGAUAACAUUACUGCAGUAGCAUGACCCUGUCAGGUCUGUACACUGUACUCUAGUGUUUGCAUGGCUACGUUUGUUUUUGAAUGAAUUCCAGUUAACCUUGUUACCCAGCUGACAGUGCAACCCUUUGGAAACUACACUUCCCAUAUUACCUUGCAGCCUUUUAGGAAGUGACACCUGCUAGCCUUUUACUAUUUCUGUACCGUUUUUAGCAUCAUUUUCACUUCUUUUUACAAUCCUUGUGCAGUAGAGGUUUUCAUUUCUAAUGCACGUUACAGAACGGUCAGAGAGUGAGUCACAGCCAAUCAAACAUUUCUAGAAGCUAUGUUAUUUAUUCCACCCUGCUAGGGAUGCAAAUCCCAGGCAAAUAACGAAGGCAUCGGCAUGAUUGCAAACACUUUUUAGAGUUUUAUAUGUACAUCUAUCUGUAGAACCUUGGGUAUGUUGGAACUUGGGUAGGAUGUUGUUUAGCUCAGUGUUAUUGCGAGGAUGAGCAUCAGUAUGUAUGUACUUGGACAUACUCUUGAGUACUGUAUUUGUAUCAGGGUUUCCAUUUAAAAUGCACGCCAAUGCAGUAUCUGCUUGUGCUCUACAAUGAUUGGGAGAGAAGUGAAAAUGGUGUUGGAGCUAACGAAGGGUGGGGAGUUUUUAAAUGUUAAAGGCUGUACUGCAGCGGAACCGUGCUGCAAAUUCUCCUACAUAACAAGAUUUGUAUUAUUGUUAUUAUUAUUCAGCAUAUAUUGGGCUGUCUGAACUCUUUAGUUUGUACUUCGUGGUUAAAAAAUAAAGAAUAUAUUUUGCAUAUAAAACUGACAAAAAUAACUAAA